AUGCCGCUGUCUGCAAUAUGGACGAGAAGAGCAGCCAACGAUGCAGCAUCGAGCAUCUACAGCAUGAUCCCGGAAAUCAACCUGAUCGACCAUCAAAUUGCGCUGGCCCGGGGAACAACCAUGGCCCUGGAGACGACCCGUGUGCGGCUUCGGAAUGCCAAAAAGAACGGUCCACGUUCGUUGCGAGACACCUUGGAAGAGAAGUGGCGACAAUGGAAGCGCCAGGAAGAUGAGAACCGGUUCUUCCGCACAUGCCUCAGAAUCUUCGACGACCUCGCGGCCGUGGCAGUCGAGGUUUCCGAUGAUCUGAUCCUGCAGCAUGAAUUUGAACCCGAAGUCAGUCCAGUGGGAAACCGACGCAUCCUCCUAGGCAUGCACAAGCUACAAGAGGCCCUGGCCGACUCUCACGAUAAGGAAGCUCGAGCCAGAGAAGAAUGGGACCGUCGCCUGAACCUUCCCGAUAUCCGUGCCCCACUACCGCAGUGGAUAUGA